CAGUUUAUUUAAACAUUAUUUUGUUAUUAUUUUAAUAGUUUUUUACAUAUAAAAAAUUAAUUGAUCCCCGUGUAAAUUAUUAUCAACAACAACAACAAAAAUGUCAAAAACACAUGAGUUAUUGAGUGCCCUCAGGGAACGUAUCCUAUUAAUCGACGGUGCGAUGGGUACUAUGAUUCAGAGGCACCGUUUGGAUGAAUCCGACUAUAGGGGCGAUGAAUUUACUGAACAUAUCCGUCCACUUAAAGGAAACAAUGAUAUCUUAACGUUGACCAGACCUAACAUUAUCUAUAAUAUACACUUUGAAUAUUUGAAAAGCGGUGCCGAUAUCAUCGAAACAAAUACAUUCAGUGCCACAACAAUAGCACAGGCAGACUACGAGUGCCAGCAUCUGGCCUACAGACUGAAUAAGGAGUCGGCAAUCAUCGCCCGAAAAGCAUGUGACGACUAUGGAAAGCAAUUUGGUUGCACUAAAUUUGUGGCCGGUUCUCUCGGACCAACCAAUAAGACAUUGUCUAUAUCACCGCAGGUCGAGAAUCCGGCCUUUCGUAACAUAACAUGGGAUGAAUUGGUAACAGCUUAUAGGGAACAAACAACGGGACUUCUAGAUGGAGGUGUCGAUCUCAUACUUGUGGAGACCAUCAUUGAUACGGCCAACUCUAAAGCCGCACUUUUUGCCAUUCAUUCAGUAUUUGAUGAGUUUCCGCACUUGAAAGUACCUAUUUUUGUAUCGGGAACUGUAGUGGACAAAAGUGGUCGAACAUUGUCCGGUCAGACCGGCGAAGCAUUUACAGUGAGUGUAUCGCAUGGAGAACCGCUGGCCAUUGGUCUUAACUGUGCAUUAGGUGCCGCAGAAAUGCGAGUUUUUAUUGAAAAUAUAAGUAAAUAUGCAGACAAUCGAUAUGUAUUGUGUUACCCGAACGCCGGUAUUCCUAACGUUUUUGGCGAAUACGACGAAACUCCCGAAGAAAUGUGUAAACAUAUCAAAAGUUUUGCUGUCGACGGCUUAGUUAAUAUAGUGGGCGGUUGUUGCGGUACAACACCCGAUCACAUCAAACUAUUUGCCGAAGCAGUCAAAGGUGUGAAACCACGUACAGUCAACCAAUCACCACAAGACAGAAUGUAUUUAUCAGGUUUGGAACCGUUUAUCAUAACUGACAACUCGUUAUUUGUCAAUAUCGGCGAACGAUGUAAUGUCGCCGGCAGUCGAUUGUUUGCCCGACUCAUACGUCAAGCGAAAUAUAGUGAAGCACUAGAAAUAGCAAAAGCUCAGGUAGAAAAUGGUGCCCAAGUAUUGGACAUCAAUAUGGAUGAGGGAAUGUUGGACAGUAAGAAAGAAAUGGCACACUUCUGUAAUCUGAUUGCCACUGAACCYGAGAUUUGUAAAGUACCGAUUUGUAUAGAUUCGUCUAACUUUGAUGUGAUUGUGGCCGGACUUAAGUGUAAUCAGGGAAAGUGUAUCGUCAACUCCAUCAGUCUUAAAGAAGGCGAAGACGAGUUUGUCCGAAGAGCUAACCUUAUAAAACGUUUCGGUGCGGCCGUUGUGGUGAUGGCCUUUGAUGAGAAUGGACAGGCAGCCGAAGAGGUGGACAAAAUCAAGAUUUGUUGCCGAAGCUAUCAGAUAUUAGUUGGUCCGCGAGUCAAUUUCAACAGAAAUGACAUUAUCUUCGACCCGAAUAUAUUGACGAUUGCCACCGGUAUGGAUGAACACAACGAGUAUGGCAUAUAUUUUAUAAAUGCCACCAAAAAGAUCCGAGCCUUGUGUCCCGGUGCUAAAGUCAGUGGCGGAGUGUCCAAUCUGUCCUUUUCAUUCAGAGGAAUGGAAAAAAUCCGUGAAUCAAUGCAUUCGGCUUUUUUGUUUCACGCCAUUAAAGCUGGUCUCACAAUGGGUAUUGUGAACGCCGGCAAUCUUCCUAUGUAUACUGACAUUGAACCGGAACUUCUGGAACUGUGCGAAAAUCUCAUCUGGAAUAAGGAUCCUAACGGUACCGAAAAACUCUUAGAAUACGCCCAGAAAUAUGGUAAAGACAGCAAAACAAAUGUAGAGAUCGAAGACUGGCGUAAAAUGCCGGUCGAAGAAAGACUUUCACAUUCAAUAGUGAAAGGUAUUGACGCUCACAUCGAAAAAGAUGUCGAAGAGUGUCGACUUAAUCUCAGUGCUUAUCCUCGACCGUUACACAUCAUUGAGGGUCCACUCAUGAAUGGUAUUGGUAUUGUCGGUGAUUUGUUUGGUGAGGGAAAGAUGUUUUUACCACAAGUGAUCAAAUCUGCCAGAGUUAUGAAGAAAGCGGUCGCACAUCUCAUACCAUUCAUGGAGAAAGAACAAGAAGGUUCGGGAGGUCAAAAUCAUUCGGGAGUUAUAGUGUUAGCCACUGUUAAGGGCGAUGUUCACGAUAUCGGCAAAAAUAUAGUGGCCGUAGUAUUGGGCUGUAAUAACUAUAAAGUGAUUGAUUUGGGUGUUAUGACCCCCUGUGAUCGUAUCAUUGAAGCCGCCAUUGAAAACAAGGCCGAUCUAAUAGGUCUGAGCGGACUUAUCACACCAUCGCUCGAUGAGAUGAUAUUUGUGGCCAAAGAGCUACAACGACGCGACUUGAAAGUGCCUCUACUGAUUGGCGGUGCGACCACUUCCCGAAAACAUACCGCCGUCAAGAUAGCUCCACGAUAUAAUGAGCCAACUGUUCACGUAUUAGACGCAUCCAAAAGUGUUGUCGUGUGUUCAAGACUUUUGGAUCAGAACUCAAGAGAAGAGUUUCUCGAUGACCUAUUCGAUGAUUACGAGAUGCUUAGGGAAGACCAUUACGAUUCCAUAAGAGAUAGAGUUUAUUUGCCGAUUGAAAAGGCCAGACAACGCAAACUUCGGUUAAAUUUCAAACAGUCGGACAUACAAACGCCAAAAUUUUUCGGUACUAAAAAUUUCAUUGAUUAUGAUCUGAGAAAAUUAGUUGAAUAUAUUGAUUGGAAACCAUUUUUUGAUGUCUGGCAACUGCGAGGAAAGUAUCCCAACAGAGGAUUUCCAAAGAUAUUCAAUGAUCAAACAGUUGGAUCAGAAGCUAAACGAAUAUAUGAAGAAGCGAUGAAACUAAUCGAUGAGAUUAUUGAUCAGCAACUUCUUCAGGCUCGUGGRAUCAUUGGUUUCUAUAGAGCCAAUACUGUCAAUGACGAUGAAAUAGCCAUUUUCGAUGAAGACGGCAAUCGUUUGACCACUUUUCACGGUCUCAGACAACAGGCAGAAAAGGACUCACACGACGACUCGUCCUACAUAUCACUCGCAGAUUUUGUGGCACCCAUUGAGAGCGGUAUUACUGACUUUAUUGGUCUGUUUGUUGUCAGCGCCGGCUUUGGCUGUCAGGCAAUGUGUGAACAGUUUAAAAGAGAUAAUGACGAUUAUAAAGAUAUUAUGAUGAAAGCCAUCGCCGACCGGUUCGCUGAAGCAUUUGCUGAAGAAAUGCAUGAAAGAGUGCGCAAAGAGUUUUGGGGUUACGGUUGUGAUGAAGAGUUUGAAACAAAUGAUUUACUUAAAGUCAAAUACGACGGCAUAAGACCGGCUCCGGGUUAUCCCAGUCAACCGGAUCAUACAGAAAAGGAAACCAUGUGGCGGCUUAUGGAUGUCGAGCGGCAAACGGGUAUACAAUUGACUGAAUCGUUGGCCAUAAUGCCGGCUGCGUCCACGUGUGGCAUAUAUUUUGCACACCCGAAAUCAUACUAUUUUGCUGUCGGAAAGAUACAGUCGGAUCAGAUCAAGGAUUACGCCAAUCGAAAGGGACAGCCGAUAGAAACAAUAGAGAAAUGGUUGAGUCCUAUAUUAGCCUACGAUGUGGACGACAAAUAA